CAACGAUAACGGAAGACGACGGCGACAAGUAAACGAAUAAACGAAACAAACAAACGAACAUCAGCAGCAGCAGCAAUGCCCAAAAUAACAGAUGAAUGGGAUCCUCCUCAACCCCGCUGGAUCGCCGUAGAAAACUACGCCAUCUCGCACCUGCACUCGUCCUCUUCCCCAGACACCGUGCCCUCGCCCGCGACGCUGCAGCACGCGCUCUCCAACUCGGCGAAAGCAGGGCUACCCGACAUUUCCGUGUCGCCGUCGCAGGGCAAGUACCUGCAGCUGACUGCGCGACUGUCGCGCGCAAAGCGGAUUCUGGAGCUGGGCACGCUGGGCGGGUACAGCACCAUGUGGCUUGCGACAGCGGCGCCAGACGUGCACGUUACGACGGUGGAGCUGGAUGCGCACCGGGCGCAGGUUGCGCGGGACAAUAUAGCGGCUGCGGGGCUGGCGGCGCGCGUCGACGUGCGGCUGGGUGCGGGCGUCGAUGUGCUUGCGGAGCUGGGGCGCCAGGUAGCGGCCGGCCAGCGGGACGCGUUUGAUUUCUUCUUCAUCGAUGCCGAUAAGCCGAAUAACUGGAACUACGUCGACUUGGCGCUGGGCAUGUGUGUGCCGGGCUCGUGCAUCAUUGUGGAUAAUGUCGUGAGGAGCGGCUAUCUGGUUGUCGAGGACUCGGAGAACGAGCGGAUUGAGGGCGCGCGGCACGUGAUUGAGAAGAUUGGUAAGGACCCGAGGGUGGAUGGCGUCGUGGUGCAGACGGUCGACGAGAAGGGGUACGAUGGGUUUGUGCUGGCGGUUACAAAGUAAGUAGUAGGUAAGCUGGGCAGACCACGUUUGGAUCCGUGGCUCAGAGGCAAUCAUAUGUGGUGUAUUUUU